CGCGUCUCAGCAGCCGAACGACCAUUCGACGCAUCCUGAGGAGUCCCACCCCGACGACCGGCUUCGUUUAGCUUGCUGACAGAUCCAGUUGCCUCUACAGGCCAAAGGUACAUGAUUCAUAAGUUUUUUCGUCACGGCUGAGAGAAAGCGAUUGACGGCGCCGGAACGGGAGGCUCGACCACCGAUUUCCCCUUCCUCGUGAACAGUCGCUACAUGACACGCACCCUGAGAACUCGUCGACGGCACGAGCUACGAACGGGAGAAGCGUAUUCAUUCGUUGACGCGCGCGGGUGAGCACCGGAGGGGACCCUUGUGUUAGGGUCGAUCGCACCGGCGCGAUAAACUCGAUCAAACUCGGACAGAAUGGGCGAGCAGUGACCGGAGGAAAGUUGAUCGUCGUUUGUAAGGCGUCAGGCCGCUGGGAGUUCGCUUUUCAUUCCGAAACAUCGACGAUUGAAGCUUCAGCUUAACCGUAGCGUCGAACUGUUCGCGACGAGCGAUAACGUCGAGCCAGGCGUCGCGAAGAACACGAGAGCAAGUCAGCAGAUAAGACCGUCGCCGAUGGUAGGGCCGACGUUGUAUCGGUGAUUCCUCACGUCGUCUCUCUUCCCGCAUCUCGUUGCGAAAUCAGUGGCGGCGGCGGUGGUGCUGGUGGUGUUCUGGUGGUGGUGGUUGGCCAGAGUAGUGCUGGUGGUGGUGACGAGAAGGACGGCGGCUGUAGAGCGGCGGUGACGUCGAGGAAUAACCUACGUGCCCGGGGUUACUGCUCUCCGCUCUGUCCUCCAUAGAUUCCGAAGCUUCCCCGCGGAAGGCCGUAGAAAACCGGACGAUCAGUCGCGAAUACGUGGGAAUGUUAUGUGAUAAAGUUACUUGGCCGAAGGAUGCACGCCGAAAGCAGCACGGGGAUACCCUGUGCGCAUGGUUGAGUCUGGACGAAGUGGCCAGUUAUGAGGAGGAUGCGCGCUUGAAGACCGAGGAGCCGGACGAAGAGGACGAGAAGGAGUGCGAGGAACUUUCAGGAAUGUCUUCGGCGUCGGUCAACAAGCUGCAGAUCCUGUGGGACCAUUUCAUCCACGCUGAGCCACAGAGUUACGAGAAGUCAUCCUGGCUCGAUAUAUUUCUGGCGGAGUUGCUCGCGCAAAUUAAAGAGGGCAGAGACGUGAAGGACGUACUGUCAUUUUGCUCGGUGGGCGGCGGCGGCGUCUCCACCCUCGUGGCCUGCGAGCUGCUGUCGGACGUGCACGAGUUGUGCGCGAGAAGGGACGACUAUGGCGAGCUCGUCGGUUUGCGAAAGUACCUGGCCCAGGAUCGCGGCUGGCGCUGCUUGGCAGUGUUGCACUUACUCGGCGAACGCGGCCUGUCCUGCGGUCGCGAGCUGGUCGCGCUGUUGGUCGCGCUCUAUCCGGUCGCGUUGCAGGACGGAUCGGACGGACCGGCGCGGGAGACCGGCUCGCCGACGCGCAACCAGUACGUGAGAUUCCAUUGCAACGACGACACGGUCGACACGGUGGAGAUCGUGCCGCACAUCGCGAAGCGGAAGAACGUCAAGUCCGGCCGGCCGGCGUACGAGGGCACCGCGCCUUUCGGACGCAGGAGGUCGUCUCGCAGACACGUGGUCGGCACGAAGCUGCCGGCGCACCACAAGCAGCAGAAGUCGCUGAUCGCGGAUCGACGCGACACGCCGGGUGCGACCAGCAGCGAGUCCGACCCGGUGACGGACGGCAUCGAUCAGGCCCGCUCUCUCACCCUGAAGAUUCGCUUGAACCCCAUGGACUUCGAGUACUUCACGUCGGUGGUCAGAAGCGGCGACGAGGAGCAGAGAUGGCCGGCCGAACUCUACGAGCUGCCGCCGCGUCCUGUGAGGAAGACACCGCGCGACUACAUAGACGAGAGGAUCCGGGACGUGCUGGACGCUCGGAUCAGCAACUUCGAGAUCAGUCUGUUGAUCAUACAGCUGCUGCAGGGCCUGCGCGACUACGACACGCCUGCCGAGCAAACGCCGGCCGUGCAGGUGCUGAAGUUCGCCUUGGACACCUUGUGGUCCCUGCAGUUCGGCAUUGACUGCAACAAUCUGAGCGGUACCGAGUGCGCGACCUUGAAGGCUGCCGCUGCGAGGCUCAUGCUGACGGCCUUGGAACGCGCUCUGAGGGCCGACGAGCCCACCACGGCGGUGAUUCACAACGGUUUGCUGCCGAUGACCCUGAGAUUGCUGGAGGACGCCUGCAGCAAGCCGGUGAACGUGCUGGAGCCGGAGGAGGGUUCGCUCCUGCAGGAAUUCAUCUUCGGCACCAUAUACGGGAUCGUCACGUUCCUCUACUGCCUGUUGCACCAACGCAGCGGCCACGUCGACAAACUGUCGGACUUCCUCGAGCUCUUCCAGCUCUUCGUCGAGAGCCAAGAGGGCAAGCUCGUCGAGAGAACCGUCUUCAAGAUCGUCGACCUGCCGAGCGUCGAUCCCGCCAAGUCGAUUAUGCGCGCUAAGAAGAUCAUCGACAUGAUAGGCGCGCUGACCAGCGGUCUGAAGCGCAUCCGGCGCGACCUCUCGCACGCCACGCAGUGCCACAGGUCGAAGCACAAGUCCUGCAUCGACAACAUUCAGAGCCACCAUCACUCGGACGUGCUCGGCACGCCGUACUCUCAGCCCAUCGUCGGCGUUGUCAACAAGCAAGUGUGCUGCAUCUCCUCUCUGUUCGCGACGCUCAUGGGUCUGCUGAAGCAGUCCCACUUGUUCGUGAGCGAGCUGCAAGUGAGACUGAUCAAGGUGAUCACCGCCGCCGGCACGUGCUGCUGCUUCCCGCCGAAGAUACUCGUCUCGAGUAUCGUGGCCUUCCUCAAGAAGCGCGAUAUCUCGACCUACGCGCCCGCCGUCGCGUUCUUGGAGCGCACCCUCUUCAAGGAACUGGGCGCUUACCCGGUGACGGACGCGUGCAGCACUUGCGACAGGUCGGCGGAUUACUCCUGGGACUUCCUCGAGAUGUACGUGGACCUGUUGAGCCCAGCCGACCCGAAACUCUGCUACGUCGUGAUGGCGCAUCUGCUCAAAGUCACGCCCAGCUCCAGGUACCACGUGCGGGAGCAGCUCCUCCUCAAGGUCUUCUACUCGACCUUCCUGCGCGCCAAAGCGUGCUACGCGGCGUCCGACGACGGCGGCGACUCGACGGCCAAGUUCCUCCUGCAGUCCUGCAUAUCCAUCAUGUCCUGCUUGAUCGUGAACGCGCAGAUGUGCGAGAGAUUCGUGGAGUUGGACGGACUGCGCGAGGUAUUGACCCUGAUGCCGGACCAACUGUUCACCAGGAGUGUGUACGCUCUCUUGGAGGUCACCGUGACUAUCGAGAUUUGGCGGAGCCAUUGCGAGGAGGUCGGUUACUCGGAAAGCACGGAGAUGCUCGCGACGAGAUCCCUCUUCGAGUCUCUCGACAGGGAGACGAACGAACUGCUGGUGAACUUGCGGUACAUCGAGGAAGGGAAGGCCGAUCGAAGGCGAGGCGAGGAUACACCCGACGUGCGCCCCGACGACCGGGGGAUCAAGCUGCGAGCUGCUCUCGUCGGGGAUUUCAACAUUGACGAGACAACGGCUGGUGGUGCGACAACCGCACCGGAGUUCUCCGAAACCGAUACCCGUCUUUCCGAACAAUUAGAGAACAAGACUGAUGCGACAGGUGUCGCGGUAGUGUCGGACGCGUCCCAGGAUCUUCACGCUCUCGCAGAGGAGGACGUCCGAGUGAACAGUACCGACGACGCGAACGUGACCGGAAAAUUCAGCCUGUAUCAAGCCAGCGCAGCGUGGAGGGCUGCCGCGGGCGUAGCGCUGUGCAGCCCCAAGUUCCGCGUCGAAUUGUCCGCGCAUCCAGUAUCGAUGAAACUGCUGCAUCUGUUCAAACUGUUAGCCGUAGACAUCGUGACGGACAGUAUUGAAGAUACCACUAAAUCGGCGCAUAAGCUGUUCGAGGCCCUGAUUACGUGUUGUCUGACAUCUCCGUUGUAUGAUCGCGUUUUAGUCAUGGAAUUAGGAAAGGCGUUGAUGAACACCGGGAUAAUGCUUGGUCGCGGAAUAGCUGUGAUAGUGGACGCGUUGUUGAAAGUCUCCAUGUUGAAGCCAGCUCAGGAGAAUAGCGUGCCGCAACAACCGCGUCCCAGACUACCGAUUAUGUCGUUGGAGAGUCUGCCAGAUUACGGUGCGGAAGACAGCAGUACCGGCGAGUACGUCACUGCUGACGACGGGUACGAGGCGGACAUCGAGGUGCCCGGGAGAAAUCCCAACAGCAGCGUCUCCAAGAAAAGCAGCCCCCUCGGGUCCGUGGUGGAGCCAAGAGGUCACGCUAAUGCGCACCCCGCUCUGUGUUCCUUGGCGAUCGAUCUAUUGAUUCACUUCAGCGAGCAGGGUUUGGAUCUCGAGAGAGCGUCCGUGAUAACCGGCGGGUUGCGACGGGUUGCUGUCACCUGUCGAGAAAGCGCCUCAAGUUGCGCCGCACUCGCGGCCUCCGGCACCAUCACGAAGAUAUUGAACGGCUUUAGGAACAUAUUCACCAACAACGAUCCGCGAUAUCGAGAUCUGCAGCACGCGGCAUUGGAAGUGUUCACGCUGUUGGCCACGCAAUCCAUUUCGCCGGCGGAACUGGUCUCGUAUCUGUCUUUCUUCAAAGUGUCGAGGCCGCCGCUCUUGCCGUUGCUGGAGCCGUUGUAUCACUUGGUAAUGGCGGCGCGACCACAGCCGAACUUCAUUCUGUCGUUCCCCGUGCGGUGCAGCGCGAAGAACGGCAACACAUCGCCGAAGGUCCAAACGGAGGAGCACAAGAAUCUGGAGAAGGCGGAGAAUCUCGUGAACAAUUUCAGGAAGAAGCAUCUCGCGUCCGGCAUUUGCAGUCCUUGGUCUGUGCACGCGACGUGCCUGCCCGUCGGCCCGGAACUCGCCUGGCCAGUGUGGCUGCACGGUUGCUCCGUCUCGAUGUGGCUCAGGGUGGAAAGAGGCCUGCCCACCGGCGGCAGAACAACCGCCUACGGCACUUCACCGUUGCUCGACUCGGACAGCGACAGCCUGUCCGACUGGGGUGUUCUUUCGGACAAUUGGAAUCGAGAAGUUAUAGCUGGCUCCGUGUCGCCGCCCACGCCAACGUCGAUAAUACACUUGAUGUCCAUCGGCUUCGAAUCGUUGGUCCUGGAAACCUGGCUCGAUCUCAAAUCAGAUAAAUUAAUCUUACGUCUCACUCGACCGGACGACAAGAUGAAUCGAACGAUUUCUGAAACUUCGAUAAACGGCAUGCUCCCUUCGGGACGUUGGCAUCACUUGACUCUAAAUUUCAAAGACACCGUGUUGAAUAAGCGCAGUGCUGUGGUCGAAGUGACACUUUGGGUGGACGGUUGGCGAGAGAUCAAUGCUCAAUUGCCGUUUGACGGUUUACUGGUGAGAAAGCCUGGUACUACGUGUAUUUUGUUAGGUCAAAUUGGGUCGAGCAGUAUUGGCGCAUGGUACCUCGGAAAUUUAAUGGUCUUUAGGUGUCCCGUAUUCACGAAAGAACGUGCACUGUAUUUAACAAGUCUCGGACCUAAUUACACUAACUUGGCUGACUGCAUUUUGAAUACAGUGAAACCUGACUUUGCCCUCCUUAUCGCGUCUGGCGCACUGAAUGGCGUUCGCGAAGUGAAGUUUGAAGGAGGUAAAUUCGAUACGACUCGACGAAAGUCUUACGGCGGCACCUACUUGAGAUACGCCGUCGAGACGAUGGUGUCAGAAACGAACAUCGAUUGGGACGCCGUCAUGGACGCGACGAACUCGCAUCUGGGCGAGUUACAAGAUAAUCUGCUUCUCAGUUACGAGGCUCAGAAUCCCAAUAUCGUCCACUUGUACCCUCUGGCCGUCGCCAAUCCUGCCGCCGUUGUGAGAAGCAUGUUUCCGGGUCAACCUGGUUUCCGAGUGGUCUCAGCCCCAGAGCACCGGGUAUCGCAGCAACCGCCUUUGUCGAUAUCCCCGAUUAUAUCUGUCCGAUUAGAAAGUCAGCAAUACCGGGGACUUGUACCCGCUGCGAUCUUGGUGGGCGGCGUACCGGUGUUCUUGUAUCUUUUUGCAAGGGUGGUCGAAUUGAACUCCACCGAGGAGGAGCAAGCCCUGGCUCUCUCCAUAGUCCUGCAUCUUGUACGCAGCGACUCGGAACUUUUCAAUCAGUACCGAUCGGAGAGUGGCACGUCGCUGUUACUGCGAGUGUUAGAGUCCCCGAGGUGUCACGCUGGUAGGCAUAUCUUGAAAGCGAUAUUGGACGCGGCAUGCGACAGCUCGAUCAUCAUCAAAGACGUCGGCAGCGGCAAUCACUCGAUCUCGCAAAACUGCGAGGCUGUGAUCACCGAUCCAGAGUUGAUCAAGGGCGCGCUCACCGCGUGGAGGACCUGGGCGAAGUACGAUACGUUGAACUUGCUGCUGCAAGCGUUGCUCUUGCUGUUACGUGACCAACAUUCGCAACGCGAGUUCAACGCGUCUCAAUUGAAUCGAGUCGGUAUCGUGGACACGAUUCUUACUUUGUGCAAGGAGCAUGUGUACGAAGAUCUGGGUGCCAUAUUGGAUCCGUCUACUGGUACCGCGGUUGUGGAAUUGGUGCGUGCCUUGAUGGGCGCACCCCCGGAGUUCGCUCAUUUGGUCGCCAUCACCGAUUACCUGGUCGUCGUUCAUCAAGCCUCGGAAACAUACGUCACUCACUCGCGACACAAUAUCUACUUCAUGCUGCCACAGCUCGCAGGCGAAAAGAAGACGAAUCUGAAGACGGGUGAUAACGUAAGCGUCGUUUCCUCCGACGACUCAAUAGGCAUCGUGGAAAAUAGCAAGCUGAACAAGGCGUUGACGAACGUGCAGAUUCAGAAAAAUCGGGCUCCUAAGAGGAAGGAACGUAGAAGCGCGUUGUCGAAGGACGUCAGCGCCGGGGAAGAUUCCGGGAUCGCUGCCAGUGACGGAUCUAAUCCUCAGAGCAAUGAAAGGCAAUCGGCAUGGACGGAUGAACGAAGAGCCUGCCAAGGCUUAGUCUGCGAAGGUCUGCUGUUGUUAUUGCGAGACGCUGUAAGAGUAUUACCCGACAGCCAAGUUGGAUCAGUGUUGAAGCAUGUCUUGAGAGCCGAAUUACUAUUAGUGUUGGCUAAUAAUCCUGACGCCAGAGUCCGCACAGCGUUAAUCAAGGUGGUGCAAACCUACUUGCAACGAGCUAGCGACGAGGAAGUUAACAAAUUUAUCAAACUAAAGUAUUUCAUGCAUCUAGGAAAUCAGAUAGCUUUGUAUCCCGGAAGCGAGCCGUUGGUCGUCGCUUUAGAGAACUUGGCUCUGCGGGGUCCGACCUUGGCGGCGAUGCCACCGUUAAUGGCAAUGGUUGCGAAGGCGGCGGCCUUUGAACCAAACGUGGCCAGGCCGAUAAUAUCAUUCAUAACCGACGUGAUAGCGAAGAACAUGAACGCACUGAAAGUACUGUUGGAGCAAGGCCUGAUCGAGUCGUUGGCGCAAGCUUUGAUCGCGACCGCGCACAGAGGCGGCUCGACGUCUCUUCAUCGAGACAUUCAUGUGCUGUUCGUGACGAUCGCGACGAAACUGCUGGAAUUACCGGGCAGCCAUCAGAUGCAAACGAUACUGGACCUGCAUGUGAUACUCGAUUACGUGGAGUUGAUAGAGAAGUUGCAAUGUCGCGCGAGCUCGGCCUGCACGGCCAUAAGGGAUGCCCAAGUCGCGUUGUUCGACGGAGAGCUGGACACGCUUACGACAAAGAUGUCGAGCCACUCAGGAUUUCGUCUGCGUAGCACCGCAUCUUAUUUGGCUUCGGCGUCAUAUUUGACUUCAGUUCUUACGACGUCUAGCGAUCAGAGCGACCAUGGGUCUCGUUCAUCUAGUUACACGAGUCUCUACACAGGCACGCCCGCACCAACACGGGAACCCGGCAAGGGAGAAUUGAACGAUCGCUUUCGCAUUAUUGUCACACGUGCGGUCGAGUUUAUAACGGCGGCCGACGCGUCGCCAUCCGUCAAUGAGCUGCAGCUAACGAGAAGACUGUUCUCCACCCUUCUGCACGGCUUGUGCAGCCCGCUGGAGAAGAAAAAUCACUGGAGCGGCACGUGGUCCGUCAGACCGGCCUUGAGAAAGUAUACCGCUAGAAUCAUGGUGUGGCUGCUGGAACCUCAUCAGAGCAUCAACACGAGAGUCUACGCCGUUCGAUCUCUAAUGGAGGAGCCGAGAGCUCGAGAAAUUCUGUCGUGCAUCUUGGAGGUUCAUCCACAGAUGGAGCAAAAGUUCACCGUAUUCUUUUGGGACCUGUUGCAAAAACGAGACGAGAUGCCCAGUGCUGACGCGAGAGUGUGUGCCGAACUAAGGGAAGCUCUACGGGUGUGGGACCUCGCUAAGGGAAUAGAGCAGGCUAAUCCCGAAGCGUGGAACGACGAGUUAGCUUUACUGCGUCGGGACUUGCUUUUGGACCGAGACGUCUGUAUCGAUAAUUAUCCUGCAAUUUUAAGAAUCGGCAAGAGAUUCGAUGCGUUGGCCAAACAGUUAACCGAAAGUGCUAUGACGAUAACACGGGCGGUCGUAGAGGAGCAAAAUCGUGAGCGGAAGAUAUUGAUGGAGCAAUUGAAACACACCCGGGCGCUAGAGGCUCAAGCGGUAGCCAGAUGGAGAGACUUGGCCAAGCGGUUGACUCACGAACGGGCACCCUGGCAUUUUCCUGAGAACUACCCGAGAAGCUGGGAAUUGGAUCCGACCGAAGGCCCUGCGAGAGUCAGAAUAAGACUUCAGAGAUGUCACUUAAACAUCGAAAAGAGAUUCUUUCUGCCUAAACAUCAAGAUAAAUUAGACUUUUCCAAUACGGAGUCACCGUUGUCGUAUUUGUUCACAAGUGGCCGUCAAGACACCAAUGCUUCGACGCUAAUUGAACGGCUGCAUACGAGCGAGAGGAUACGCAAGAUGUCUCAGGUCAAAGUUGUCACUCCUAGAGCCGAGCUAGCCGGCGAGGUUCUCAUCGGUGAGACAUGUGUGUACUUUGUUCCCGAGAAUCCCGACGUGCCGUUACACGCAGACGCAGCACUGGGCGAUCUGGACUUGGCUAUGGCCGGGGGCACCGCGUGGCGUCUGGAAGACAUUCGCGAACUGCACAGAAGAAGAUACCAAUUGCAAGAGACGGCCAUUGAGAUUUUUCUCAUCACCGGCAGAACGUAUCUGCUAGCGUUCAACUCAGCCAAGGAAAGGGACGAAUUCGCGACGGAGCUGUCCGCUUGCAACUUACCCAGACGAAUUCCCGGCGAUGACUUGGGAGAGGCUCUAGCCCUGUGGAGAAGCGGUGCGCUUACUAAUUGGGAAUACAUAACUUGCCUGAACAAAUUAGCGGGCCGUUCGUACAAUGACUUAAUGCAGUAUCCCGUAUUCCCGUUUGUCCUGGCGGACUACGUCAGCGAGAAAAUCGACUUGAACAAUCCGAAGAUUUACCGAAACUUCAAACGACCUAUGGCUGUGCAAGAUAAAAAGAACGAGCAACACUACAUUGAUAAUUACAACUACUUGAAGCAAGCUUUAACGGAAGGAUUAAAUCUAAUUGUCUUGAAUCAGGAACCUUACCAUUAUGGUUCUCAUUAUAGUAACUCCGGAACCGUGUUACAUUUCUUGGUACGGCUUCCACCAUUCACCAGCAUGUUUUUAUGUUAUCAAGAUAAUAAUUUUGAUAUUCCCGACCGAACGUUCCAUGCAUUAGCCACCACGUGGAGAUUAACUAGUUGCGACUCGACGACAGAUGUGAAGGAAUUGAUACCGGAAUUCUUUUACUUACCUGAAUUUUUACUGAAUUUUGAGGGAUUCAAUUUCGGUGUACGACAGAACGGUAACAAAGUCGGGGACGUUGAACUGCCGAAAUGGUGCGGCGGUGACGCGCGUCUGUUCGUAUUGGGACACAGAGCCGCGUUGGAAGCGGAUAUCGUGAGGGAGGUUUUGCCGUAUUGGAUUGACCUCGUGUUCGGAUUCAAACAAACAGGAAGACCGGCGGUAGAGGCUAUAAACGUUUUCCAUCCCGCUACAUAUUACGGUUUCAACGUGGAGCAAAUAGUCGACCCUGUAGCACGACAAGCCUGGGAAACCAUGGUGCGGACUUAUGGUCAAACGCCCGCGCAGCUAUUCAGAGCUGCUCAUCCGUUGUCGAUGCAAAAUCUCAAUAAUGUAGUGCAAUCUAGUCAGAUACCACAGGUCAUCGAAGGAAUUAGUGGUAUAAAAUGGGGAAAUUAUGUAGGCGCCCCUGGCAAUGAGCCUGUAUUAUGUUGGAAGCAUAAGCACAGAUCUCCAUUGGCUUCCCUGGUACCUCUGACAACCGGUGACGUAUUUGGUCUGCCUAAUUACACCACCCUUCUCCUCGGUUAUACCAAGGAAAAAGGUGGUAGUAUGUUAAGCUGCACGUCCGUGUUGGGCGCCGCGUUAGCGUCAUGGAAUGGAACAGAUGGAAUCGCCAGAUUAAAGUGUAAAAAAGAACAACCGCCAAGGCCUUUAAUUAAAUCUUCAGGCCUCGAUCCUAUCACGACACUGGGCUCUGCUCCUGAUUGCGGGCAGCUCUGGGUCGGACAUUUGUCGGGCAGAAUCACAGUGCACACAUACACUAUUGGAGCUACGGGCAAAAUUGAAUUCAGCUUAACGCCCGCGUCGGUACUGCUGGCUCACAGAAGUUGCGUGACGGUGAUUUCCCUGUCACGUGCGUUCAGUGUCGCCUGUUCCGGUGACGGCAGUGGCGUCCUGAUUAUUUGGGACUUGAACAGCUUGACGUACGUGAGGUCAAUAGUCUACGACCAAGGCUAUCCUAUACAUCUUCUGGGUGUCAGCGAGACACUCGGAGACGUAGCAGUUAUUUAUGAAAUUCUUGAACCGGAGGAGAGCAGUGUGAUCUUCAAUCAGUCUGAGUUGAGAGUUUACACCGUGAAUGCGAGAGCUGUGGGCUCCGUUCUGUCCAGAAGACGCAUAACGGCUCUUUGCUAUAGCAACGCUCCGGAAGGUGUUUCUGUCAAUGUUAUUGCGACUGGUUUGGAUAACGGGUUAAUUAGGUUGUGGAGUAGCUGGGAUCUACAAUUAGUCAGAGAAAUUACGAACAGCGUGAAGGGAUGCGGUGCGAUAAUCGCUGUAGCGUGGGCUUUGGAUCAGCACCAUUUGUACGCGGCCACGGAAGAUUCCACCAUCCUCAUAUGGGAAGGAUCGAAGCGCCUGAGCACGGGUACCCCGAAAUUCGUUAAUUUAACGUCACUAUGAUCUGCAUCGUCGUUAUCCGAACAUUCCAAAGUGACAUGGACACUCAAUGGCGCCACACAGUAACGAAAAAGAAUAUCUAUAUGAGAGUAAGAUUCACUUUUGAAAUAUCAAAUGUAUAUAUUCGAUGUUACUUCGUUUGUAAUCAUAACGUUAAUAAGCCUUUUCAAAGUCGUUAACAACGCCUGAUUGGAUAUGCAAUUUCUCAUGCAAUGUGUUAUUAUUAUUUAUGGAUCAAUGUAUUAAUUAAUUUAAAAUUACGCUGCCAUUCGUCGAAUCCGUCUUCUUCUCGGUCAUACGAACACGACAUAUGGUGAGAAAGAAUGAACAAUAUACCGAAGUAUUAUUUUACUGACA